GUGUACUCCAUGUUAUGUCCUCGGCCAAACGAGAUUGAGUUUGUGAGUUACAUAACCGGGGGUCAGCCUUCGUUAUUUGUUGACUUGGAGGAACUUGUGUUGGGUGAGGAUGGGCAACCAACACAUGAUGCUUUGCGAAGCCAGGCCGAAAAGCUUGCCUUCACAUUGGAAGAACGAGCGGAGGCAGCCCGAAUAUUUAAAGACUCUACACCACCUCCACCGUCUCCUCCACGUGCACCGCCUGCAGUUCCAGAUGGGUCUGGUGUUGACCCAUCUCCAGCUUCAGUUCCUGAUGGGUAUGGUGUUGACCCAUCUGCAGCUUCAGUUCCAGAUCAGUGUGGCGUUGACCCACUUGUAGCAUCACAGGGUCCUCCUGUUGCCCCGUCAGCUUCUAUUCCCAGCACCUCAGAAGCUCGCGAUCCAGUAUACCCUGCCAUUUUGGCAAGGUUGGAGACUGUGGAGAGGGGGCAGGCCGCUCUGCUAAGAGGACAAACAGUGAUUAUGGAUCUGUUGAAGACCAUAAUGACGCUCCUGCAAGAUCCUGGAAGGCUGGCAGCAGAUUCACAGCCACAGCCACAGCCACACCCACAACCGGAAGAGGAGGCUCGGACACCGGAAGAUGACUUCAUUCUCCCAAAUGAUUACCAACUGGAUGAUGAUGACAUGUUCUGUACACCUGAGAAGACGAAUAUCACCAGCAUCGGGGAUACUGAGGAUUCUGAGGUGCAGGUGUUAGAGACAGCUCCAGAAGUCAUGGAGAACCGGAGGAAGAGAAGGCGGCCUAGGUGGUUCGCUGAGUACACUGAAAUGAAGAAGAAGGCUAGGGAUACUUCGACACUCGUGAAUGCGGACCCACUUAGAGUGGUUGAUCGGAAGCUGCUUAAGACUUUGCACAAUUGGGUACUCGGCCAGAUUGGGAACAAUUACCCGAGAGAGUGCUUCACCAGUCGAUACCAUUCGUCUUGGUUCCUCGAACUACAUACUCCGAAGUUUUGGCUUGGGAACGAUGUAAGUUUUUAAGACUUUUUUACUGCUUUUGCUUUUAAAGACUUUAUCUAACUCUUUUUUAUUUAAUCUCUGACAUAUUUAAUUUUCAUGUUUUAGCUUUUGGAUGCGGCAUUCCAUUUGAUGAGGAGGCGGCAACACUUUUAUCCCGAGGCCUACCCAAAUAGAUGUGUCAUCAUGCCGUGUAUUUUCCCAGCAGGAGUUAUUGCUCGGUGGGAAGCUGCGGGUGAUGAGCAGGCUAACUAUCAGUGGGACGAGAGCAUAUUAGAUUUGAUUCGAGGGGAUGAAAGUCAAUUCUUGGCCAAUUGGAAGAACAAGGAGAGAAUAUAUAUGGCCCUCUACUUCGAUGGAGCAAAGCAUUGGGUGGCACUAGAGGUAGAUCUCGAUCAUUGGUUUUUGAACAUAUUUGACUCGAGCCUCGGAUCGAUUUCCCCGAACGAAUUGAAGCGUCACCUGGCAAUGUGGGAAAAAUUACUACCAAAUUUGCUACUGCAGGCUGGCCUAUUCGAGACUCAUGACAUGAUCCUCAUGCCUCAACUUACCGCCUCAGAGAGCCAGGUCAGAAAUUUCACUUCAAAAGUCAUGGAUCGGGCCGUUGUUCCACAGACAAAGACAAGCGGUAACUGCGGGAUGUACGUGAUAGAGCACACCGAGCAUAGUAUGCUAGAGACUACGUUUGAUAAUGUGCACGAUGAGAAUAUGAAGAAAUUUAGAGAGCGGUGGUGUGUAGAUUUGUUUUACCAGAAUUUAGCAUGAACAAAUGUGUUUUUUAUUUGGUAUUUAUUAAGAUAACAAUGUAACUGGUUUUUUUUUAUUGGUAUGUUUAUGUUUUUUUUAAGAUUUCAUACAAAUUUUACGCCUUUCUUUCAUGCAACAAAUUAUAAUAAUUAUGUAAACAUAAAAUAUCACAAAUUCGAAUAUUUAAAAUAGUCCAACAUUAAUUCAAUAACAAUACAUAAUAGUCCAACACAUCACGAUACAAAUAAACUAAAAUAACAUUUUUAACCUCGGUAGUUGCAAGUGCUUCUGUUGUGCCCCUUGGUACCGCACUUGCUACAAUUUCGUGAUUUGAUAAUCCUUUCACCGUUACAAGCAGUUAGGUUGUUCUUAA